AUGUCUGACAACCAUAAACAACAAUCAGUACUCCAAAACAACCCACUACACCAGCACAACCAGAGCUUGCCCAUAGGUAUUGGUAAUCGCCUCACCCAACUUCAUUUGCCCAACGCAGCCACAGCUACAACCACUAUGAAAACCACCGCGCCACUGCAUGACCACCAUCGUCAUCAUCACCCCCCUUUACACAAUGACCGCGUGACAAAGGCGGCCCCAGUACAAUCUGGAGCAGUUUCAGCAUCGACUACCACAACCACUAGCAACGCCACAUCUACUCUAUCAGCCAGUCUGACUUCCAAUGCAGCUAUGGCUGCUGGAAAAUCUGAUUACAUUGGUGUGUAUGCCAUUGGACGCGAGAUUGGUAAGGGCUCGUUUGCUAUCGUAUACAAAGGUCAGGACACAACCACCAACAAACCAGUGGCUAUCAAAUCAGUAUAUCGCUCCAAGUUGAAAUCAAAGAAGCUUGUGGAAAACUUGGAGAUUGAAAUUCAAAUCUUGAAAACAAUGAAGCACCCCCAUAUAGUGGGUCUACUUGAUUACAAACAAACUUCUGCUCACUUCCAUUUGGUUAUGGAUUAUUGCUCAAUGGGAGAUUUAUCUUACUUUAUACGCAGAAGAAGUCAACUAGUAAAGACUCAUCCUGUGAUUUCAAGUUUAUUACAAAGAUAUCCCUCGCCACCAAAUUCUCAUGGCUUGAACCAAGUAUUGAUACUACAUUUUCUUCGCCAAUUGUCUUCAGCCCUACUGUUCCUAAGGGAAAAGAGCUUGGUACAUCGAGACAUUAAGCCACAGAAUCUACUUUUGUGCCCCCCUCUACAUUCCAAACAAGAGUUUGUCAAUGGGGAAUAUAGUGGAAUGUGGGAAUUACCUAUUUUGAAAAUUGCAGACUUUGGAUUUGCUCGCUUCUUGCCCUCGACCUCGAUGGCAGAAACGCUUUGCGGGUCUCCUCUUUACAUGGCGCCGGAAAUAUUGAGGUACGAAAAGUACAAUGCCAAAGCGGACUUGUGGUCGGUUGGAGCUGUACUAUACGAGAUGGCAGUUGGUAAGCCACCUUUUAGAGCAAGCAACCACAUUGAAUUGUUGAAAAAUAUAGAAAAAGCCAACGACAAAAUCAAGUUCCCCUCGGCUGCUGAAGUUCCCGAGUCUUUGAAACAAUUGAUAAGAUCUCUUUUAAAGUACAACCCCACGGAAAGAAUAUCAUUUCAAGAAUUUUUCAAUGACGAUUUGAUCACCUGUGAUUUGGAGGACACAGACAAGCCGUUGGAUACUUCAGAUAUGAAUGAGGAUUUGUUUAUCAGCGAAUAUAUCAGUCCCUUUAAACCAUCAGAGAGAUCUCAAUUGAGCAAGAAUGACGCUAUAGCUCCCAUGACACCAGCUUUCACCCAUAACGCACAGGCUACAAAUGAUGAGACUGGUAACGAGGCUGGGCUUGAUGGAGCCGAUGCGGAAGAUACUAGACAACACGGGACGAUGGUGGCCCCAAAUGACAUUGAUGGAGGCAGGGAAGAUGUCACGAACGAUGAGACUAUUCGAGAAGGGUAUCAGAAAGAAGCUAGCAAAAGUGGAUCCUCCCGCGACGAUGACAUCAAAAGAUUGAUAGACAGAAACAGUCCCGAUCCCGAACAUCUCAGUCAUUCGAUAGCAAACAAUAACGCAGCGCAUUUCAAACUGGGAACGGAAGACAUCAUUUUGGAGAAGGACUACGUUGUCGUCGAGAAAAGGGUUGUCGAAGUUAACGCGGUCGCAGAUGAACUUGCUCGUGCCGGUACUGGGGCUGAUGCAAUGAGGGAUCCUAGAGACCAUCUCAACAGUGACAGGUUCAAGAAUAACCAACAACAGCAACAACAACAACAGCAACAACAGCAACAACUACAACAGCAACAACAACAACAAACACAACAAACACAACACCACCCAUUGCAAAGAAUUCGCAAGAAUUCAUCUGGUGGUGGGUACCAACGGAGGCCCAGCUUUACUGACCGUCGUAUAUCCAUUUCUAUAUCACCCACCAACGCCUUAAGCAAAGCAAUUGGUCUUGCCCUGCAUCGGCUUUUUGGUGGAAAUCAUGCACUGAUUCUAAACCAUACAUCACAUGAUGCUGGUGUUUCAGAAGGUGUAGGUGAUCUUCAAGACGGCACUGAUAAAGCUGACGCUGCAACUUUUUCGAAUGUGAUGUCUAGUCCCAAUUUUACCAACAAUGAUCUCUUGCAAAAGUUGAACCUCCCCAUCUCGGCUACUUUGGCUAGUUCAUCAGCAAGCGGAGAUGAAAAAACUCUUUCUCCGGAUGAAAUUGUUUUGAACAAGUUGGAAACCAUUGCCACAAAGUCACACGCCGUCAAUUUGUUCGCGGAUGUGAAAUUUAGUCAAUUAAUUCCUAGUCCGCCUUCGUCUGAUGAUGCGGGUCACGAUUUUUUGAACCACAAUGAUUCCUUGCCGCCAAAAAUUGUUCGCACUAUAUGUGAAGAAGGCAUUGUGCUUUAUGUCAAAGCUUUGUCUCUUUUGGCUAGAGGGAUGUCUGUAGCCAGCGAGUGGUGGUAUGACCUGUUCGACAAUGCAACGGUCGGUGCUGAUCAUGGUGAAAGUAACACUGGCAAACGUGACGUGCGUGUGUCUAUCAAGAUUAACCAAUUGGUUCAAUGGAUAAGAGAGAAAUUUAACGAAUGUUUGGAAAAAGCUGAGUUCAUCAAGUUGCGUCUAAAGGAAGCAAAUACGGCUAUCGCAAAGGCCGAUGGUCUUGAAUCCAUAUCUGAAAGCGCAACUGGUACCCAAAAAGUUAUAGCUGAAAGAUUGAUUUUUGAUAGAGCUUUGGAGAUGUCGAGAAAUGCAGCUGUGAACGAGUUGGUCAAAGAAGACUUAAAGGGGUGUGAGUUGGCCUACAGUACUGCCAUUUGGAUGCUUGAAGCUUUAUUAGACGAAGACGAUGAUUCAAGUGAGCAAGCAAAUGAGCGUAAGUUGGAUAAUGAGGACAGAAUCAUGGUUGAGAAAUUCAUCGUUAGUAUCGGCAACAGAUUAUCAGUCUUAAAAAAGAAGAUGGAGUUGAUGUGA